UUACGACAUAUAGAAUUAUAAGUCUCAAUAUGCUUUUUAUGACUACGCAGCCUCCCUCCCCACUCCCAUCUUCUUUCCCCACUAGUCUGGGUGUGAGCCUUUGAGUCCAAGGUUUUAAGGUCAGGGUCCUGGAGAGCUUGACUUAUAAUGAAGGUACAGGAAACCCAAGCCAUUAGUGCUAUGGGGCCUGGGGAGGAGGAUCAGGGAAUGCUUGCUCGGGGUCUGAGGACUGGCUGGGUAGGAGAGGCUGACUGCUCCAGUAGCCAGAGCCAUAGUUUGUCUUCAGUCUAUUCCAUCGUUAGAUCAAAAAAGGUGGUUAGGAAGUGGUUGUUACUAGAGGGCAGAGGAAAAGGUUCCAGCCCCACUGAGGAAGAGGUAGGUGGUGCUGGUGGGGCCCUGUAUGAGCUCACAGCCGCCCUUCCUCUCCCCAGUUAUUUUUGGCCUCUGUGACCUGCAGGUUUCCUGUUAGAAACUGAAGUGACAGGAACGAGUUCCUAUUGCAGAAAUGAAAGCCAGGAGGCCACCAACCCAUUCUCCUUCUCUCUUCCUUUGGCCUAAGAACCUCUCAAGUAUCCAAGCGCUCCGCCAGAAGCAGUGUACCCACCACCAACCCUUCCGUGUGGAUCUGGGUGCUGAAAUGUGGUCGAGUCGGCCUGCAAGGUGACUAGGAGACCCUGGCAGCUGCCCGGGUGGCCCCUGCAUCACGUGGGGCCCUACCUAAUGCCUCUCCUUACGCAUGCGCCCCACUCACUGCCCCCUGUCCAGAACAAAGCGUAAAUCCCGCCCUGCCCUCUGGCUCCGCCCCCCGCUCAGGAAUCCCGCGUCCUCAUUGGUGAGCUCUGGACGUGCCUGUUAGCCGGCGUGGCCACGGGCUGACACCCCCAGUGAUAAAAUAGAUAAUGCACACCCGGACUGGUGCGCCCGCGGGGUGUGGCCCGAGCCCAGGUACGCUCCCCGGCUCCUAGCCGGACCUUGGAGCCGGGCGAUCCCGCCCAGCCCCGACUCCGCGGCCAGCCGGCGGAGCCACGCCCCCCGCGCGCCUGCCUGGGCCGCGCCGGCCUGCUCGCCGGUCCUACGUCGCCCCCGGGGGAGCGCGGGCGCCUCUCCCGCCCGUCAGUGUCUCCUCGCCACCAGCCUCUGCGCCGAGCCGCCCGCGGCGUGGCUGGGUGGGCAGAAGCCGAGUGCCCGGAGCCCGGCGGCCGCGGGGGCGCUCAGUGGAGCAGCCCUGUCGCCGCCCCCAUGGCGAGCAGGGCCGAGCCCCCCGACGGGGGCUGGGGGUGGAUGGUGGUGCUCUCGGCGUUCUUCCAGUCGGCGCUGGUGUUCGGGGUGCUCCGCUCCUUUGGCGUCUUCUUCGUGGAGUUCGUGGCGGCGUUCGGGGAGCAGGCGGCGCGCGUCUCCUGGAUCGCCUCCAUCGGAAUCGCGGUGCAGCAGUUUGGGAGCCCGGUAGGCAGUGCCCUGAGCACGAAGUUCGGGCCGAGGCCCGUGGUGAUGACCGGAGGCAUCUUGGCUGCGCUGGGGAUGCUGCUCGCCUCCUUUGCUACCUCUUUGACCCACCUAUACCUGAGUAUUGGGCUGCUCUCAGGUUCUGGCUGGGCCUUGACCUUCGCUCCAACCCUGGCCUGCUUGUCCUGUUACUUCUCUCGGCAUCGAUCCCUGGCCACCGGGAUGGCACUGACAGGCGUGGGCCUCUCCUCCUUUGCAUUUGCCCCCCUUUUCCAGUGGCUGCUCAGCUACUAUGCCUGGCGGGGGGCCUUACUGCUGGUGUCUGCCCUCUCCCUCCACCUGGUGGCCUGUGGUGCUCUCCUCCGCCCACUCUGCCUGGCUGAGGACGCUACUGUGGGUGGCCCUUGGGCCCAACUCACCUCCCUCCUCCAUCAUGGCCCCUUCCUCCGUUACACUGCUGCCCUCACCCUGAUCAACACUGGCUACUUUAUUCCUUAUGUCCACCUGGUGGCCCAUCUCCAGGACCUGGGUUGGGACCCACUACCUGCUGCCUUCCUCCUCUCAGUGGCUGCUAUUUCUGAUCUCGUGGGGCGUGUGGCCUCUGGGUGGCUGGGAGAUGCAGUCCCAGGGCCUGUGGCACGACUCCUGAUGCUCUGGACCACCUUGACUGGGGUGUCACUAGCCCUGUUCCCUGUAGCUCAGUCUCCCACAGCCCUGGUGGCUCUGACUGUGGCCUAUGGCUUCACAUCAGGGGCCCUGACCCCAGUGGCCUUCUCCGUGCUACCUGAGCUGGUAGGGACUGGAAGGAUUUACUGUGGCCUGGGACUGCUGCAGAUGGUAGAGAGCCUCGGGGGACUGCUGGGGGCUCCUCUGUCAGGCUACCUCCGGGAUGUGACAGGCAACUACACAGCUUCAUUUGUGGUGGCUGGGGCCUUCCUUCUUGCAGGGAGUGGAGUUCUCAUCACUCUGCCCCACUUCUUCUCCUGCGCCUGCUUCUCAGCUACCACAUCAAGGCCCCAGGAACUUGUAACAGAGGCGCUGGCUACCAAAGUCCCCCUGCCCAAGGAGGGACUGGGAGAAGACUGAACUCCACAAAGAGGCAGUCAUGCCCAGAAAGCCAGAGCUUGACAGCUCCAGGUCUGCCCCAUUUUGGCAUCCCUAGAACCAUAGUGCCUUACGAUUCUUAAUCUGCUUGCCCCCAGAGCAGGCCUGGGGUUCCUGCAGUGUGUGUGCCAAUCCUUUGUAUUUUGUUUAUUUCUCCUCCUUUGCACCUUUUCUUGUUUAUAUGCUUUUUUCUUUUAUUUUUUCCUCCAACCUUUUCUAAAAGAUCUAGGAGUUUUGAAGGGUCCAAGAGUUCCUGCUCCACAACUAUGAAAAUCAAAGACCAAGACUUAUCACAUUUUUACAUACAAUCUCUAGUAUUGCC